AUGGGCACUGUUAUUGACUCUCAUUUCUUAGCCCUCACUGCCAUAAUCACCAUUUUUUAUCAGCUUCUGUUUUUCAUAAUCACUGCACUUCUCAAAUUCGAUAAGGUCACUGAUUUUGCAGGAAGUACCAAUUUCGUUAUACUCGCUGUUUUGACCUUACUUCUCAAAGGCUCAUGGCAUUUUCGUCAGAUUAUUCUCACUCUUUUUGUUGUAUUAUGGGCUCUUCGCCUCGCUUUUUUUCUCUUACUCAGGAUUUUACAGUGGGGAGAGGAUCGCCGUUUUGAUGAAAUGCGCAAUAAUUUGGCCAAGUUGGCUGUGUUUUGGAUGUUUCAGGCUCUCUGGGUUUGGGCUGUGAGUUUACCUCUUACACUGGUUAAUGCAAGCGAUAGAAAUCCUUUUCUAAAGCCCGUGGAUUUAAUUGGGAUGCUUAUGUGGGCUGUGGGUUUUAUGAUUGAAGCUACCGCAGAUCAACAAAAAUUGAGUUUCAAAAAGUCUUCGCAAAAUAGAGGCAACUGGUGCAAUGUUGGACUCUGGCAAUAUACUCGCCAUCCUAACUAUUUUGGCGAGAUAUUGCUUUGGUGGGGAAUUUUUGUGGCAUCUACACCUAUACUGAAGAAAGCUGAAUGGCUGGUAAUCAUCGGACCAAUCUUUCUCACACUGUUGCUUCUUUUCGUCAGUGGCAUUCCACUGCUCGAGGAAUCAGCAGACAAGAAGUUUGGCAACCUGGACGGAUAUAGGGUAUACAAACAAAGAACCAGCCCUUUAAUCCCAUUGCCACCAGGAGUCUAUGGAAAGUUACCUGCAUGGUUCAAAUCAGGUUUUCUCUUUGAAUUUCCACUCUACAGUCGUAAUUUUCCACCAGAAGAACAAAUUUGGUGUAGAACAAGCAGUGGGAAAAGCAGCGAUACUUUGAAAAUUGAGUAG